AUAUAAGUAUACUACAGCAGCCUUAGGGUUUGGGACCUCUAAACUUCCUGAGACUUAGGUGCUUCUCAGUCUCACAGUCAUCUCCUUCUCUGAAAUUCGGAGAAAAAUGCCAAAGCAGAUCCACGAGAUCAAGGAUUUCCUUCUGACUGCGAGAAGGAAAGAUGCACGCUCUGUCAAAAUCAAGAGAAGCAAAGAUGUGGUUAAGUUCAAGGUCCGCUGCUCCAAGUACCUCUACACACUGUGUGUGUUUGACUCAGAGAAGGCUGAUAAGUUGAAGCAGUCUCUUCCCCCAGGUUUGAGUGUUCAAGACCUGUGAAUUGGUAGUAGCGGACCUGAGCACAUUUUUACGAGCAAUAGUGAAUAGGAAUUUAUCCGCUUUAGUUUUAGUGUGGAGAAUUUUUAAUUUCUACUCUUGAAGUUUGACAAUAUUAUUUUUGGGCGAUUUUUUGCCUUCAUUUUGGUAAGAAUAUCGACUUUGCUGCGGCAGUUUUUUUAAUUGCUUGCUCAUUGGUACUUCACACUCCA